UCUGUUCUAACCUAACUCAGCGGAAGUAAACACAACACACUCCUAACCUGUAUGCACGUGCAGGGAUAGCCGACAGUGUUGUAUUCGCGCAUAUGCAUAUUUAAUUUGUUUUUACACAACAAUGUCUUCAGUUGAGUAUUUGAGAGAGUUUGUCAACGAGCGACUAUCUGCUGCUGCUGAAGAAAUAUUCAGAGUUUUUGAAAAAACUAUCUUCGAGUACCAGGAAGAGAUCGACCGUCAGCGCAGACUGUUGGAUAUCGCUUGGAAACCUGAAAUAAAGUUACACAGGAUAGAGCUCCCACAGCAACAUGUCUGUAAGGAGGAGGAGGUUCUCUCCGACCAGCAGCUCUGUAUUCAGGAGAGGAACUCCAGUCUGGACCAAGAGGACCCAGAUCCUCCACAGAUCAAAGAGGAACAGGAGGAACUCUGCACCAGUCAGGAGGGAGAGCAGCUUGAGCUGAAGCAGGAGACUGAGACCUUCAUGUUGACUCCUAAUGAGGAAAGUAACCACACUGAACCAGAACCAACAAGAGACCCCCAGCUCCUCUCCAACAACUCUCAUGUAGCUGAGAGCCAAGAUCAGAAAGGAAGCGAGCAUGAAGACUCAGAAUCAACUAGUGAUUCAGAGCCAGAACCAAAGAAAAGGCAACAGAAAAGCAGAAGUCACUGUAACGAUAUUAACAACUUGUUAAAGACUUGCAGUGAUCCUCAAACAGGUAAAGCACUUUUCCAAUGUGACACGUGUGGGGAAGCUUUCAAGUUCAGGUCGCAUUUUGACAAACACCUGAGAACCCACUCAGAUGAGAAGUCACAUUCUUGCAGCUUCUGUGAGAAAAGAUUCAGUAAGAUAUCCUCAUUGAAGGCUCAUCAAAAAAUCCACACAAGUGACAAGCUGUAUUCUUGCAAAACAUGUGGAAAAGAUUUUGGACGUAGUAGUCACUUGAUAGUCCACAUGAGAACACACACAGGUGAGAAGCCAUUUUCUUGCAAAACAUGUGGAAAAGAUUUCAGACAAAGAUGUGACAUGUUGGUUCACAUGAGAACACACGCAGGUGAGAAGCCAUAUUCUUGCAAAACAUGUGGAAAAGAUUUUGGACGUAGUAGUAACUUGAUGGUCCACAUGAGAACACACACAGGUGAGAAGCCGUAUUCUUGCAAAACAUGUGGAAAAGAUUUUGGACAAAGUAGUCACUUGACUUUCCACAUGAGAACACACACAGGUGAGAAGCCGUAUUCUUGCAAAACAUGUGGAAAAGAUUUCAGACAAAGAGGUGACAUGUUGGUUCACAUGAGAACACACACAGGUGAGAAGCCGUAUUCUUGCAAAACAUGUGGACAAGAGUUCAGACAAAGAGGUGCCAUGUUGGUUCACAUGAGAACACACACAGGUGAGAAGCCGUAUUCUUGCAAAACAUGUGGACAAGAGUUCAGACUUAGAGGUGCCAUGUUGGUUCACAUGACAAGAGCCCACACUGGGG